AUGAGCCUCUGCGCGCAUUUUUUACGCAGACAGGCAGAGGCCCUGAAGGCGGACAUGACAGACUCCAAACUGGCACCGGCCGAGGCAUGGACGUCCCGCCAGGCCCUGCAGGAUUUGUACCAGAAGAUGCUGGUCACUGACCUGGAGUACGCCUUGGACAAGAAGGUGGAGCAGGACCUGUGGAACCAUGCCUUCAAAAACCAGAUCACCACCUUGCAGAGCCAGGCCAAGAACCGGGCCAACCCCAACCGCAGCGAGGUGCAAGCUAACCUGUCACUGUUUCUGGAGGCGGCCAGUGGCUUUUACACUCAGCUGUUGCAGGAGCUAUGCAGCGUCUUCAACGUCGACUUACCGUGUCGCGUCAAGUCUUCGCGACUGGGGGUUAUCGGCAACAGACAAAACGGCGGCGACGGCGCCAUCGUGACGCCGCAGCCUAGCUCUUGCUCGUACAUCUGCCAGCACUGCCUGGUGCACCUCGGCGACAUCGCACGCUACCGCAACCAGACCAGCCAAGCCGAGUCCUACUACCGACACGCCGCCCAACUGGUCCCGUCCAACGGUCAGCCAUACAACCAAUUAGCUAUCCUGGCGUCCUCCAAGGGAGACCACCUGACCACCAUCUUCUACUACUGCCGCAGCAUUGCCGUCAAGUUUCCCUUUCCCGCCGCCUCCACCAACCUGCAGAAGGCGCUGUCUAAGGCACUGGAGAGCCGCGAGGAGGCGAGAGGCAAGUGGAGCGUGUCGGAUUUCAUCAAGGCCUUUAUCAAGUUCCAUGGCCACGUUUACCUGAGCAAGAGCGUGGAGCAGCUGGACGCUCUGAGGGAACGUCUGGAGGAGCAAUUUCAGAGGCUGAUCCUGCAGAAGGCCUUCAGCUCGCAGCAGUUGGUGCACAUCACCGUCAUCAACCUGUUCGAGCUGCAUCACCUCCGUGAGACUGCGGACGACGGCCAAUGGGCAGUUAGCUGGUUUCAGCUGCUUGGACUUUUUAUGUCCUUCCUGGGCCUCAUGUGCAGCCGGGUCCUGCUCAAUAAGAACUGCGGCGACGAGGAGGAGGAGGACGCGACAGGCGAGUGCCCCCUACCGGCCAUCAAAGUCUCUCUAGACUGGAUGCGCCUGAAGCCCGGCGUGUUCCGCGAGGCCGCCGUGGACCAGAGGCAACACGUCUGGCCGUGGCUGGUCUCCAUCCUGAACAGCUUCCAGCCCAAAGACCAGCACGUGUCGUCAUCCUCAGUAACGCCGCUGCCAGAAGAGUUUGAGCUUCAAGGCUUCCUUGCCCUCCGCCCGGCUCUCAGGUCAGUGGACUUCACCAAAGGUCACCGGGGCGUCCCAGUGGACCGCGACGCACUUUUGCUGCGCACACGUCACCAGAGGCUCGUAGCGCUGGGGAAGUGGAUCGCCGAUAACCAGCCGGGGCUCAUGCAGUGUCGCGCCGGGGAGGACGGCCUGCUCCUCUUCCUCAGCGACAUUCCCGAGCGAGCCAUCGAGGAGCCGGAGGAGAAGGAUCCCUGCGUGCUGCAGGAGGCAUCCAAUGGCGAGCAGGCGACGGGCGGCCUCAAGUCGGUGCUGUCAGCCGGAAAGACUCCCGGCUCCUGGUCGGACGGCGCCGAGCGGCCCGUGGUCACCUUCAAGGAAAACAUCAAACCUCGGGAGCCCGCCCGCGCCGCUCUCCCCAAGGAAGGCGGGAAGGACCGACGCGACUUCCCCAAAGGGAACGGGACGGCGCCCAAAAGCGAGCCCAAGAGAGACGGAAAGCGGAAGUGCGAGACCAAGAAAGCCGUUCAGGAGAAAGUUCCGGACGCUGGCAAACAGGUGAAAAGUCAGACUGAAGUGAGGAAGACUCCGGUGUCUGAGGCCAAGAAGGCUCCAGCAACUCCCCCUCAAGCUGCCGCGUGCUCUUCCCAAUUCAUCCCCAUCCACCAUCCUGGAGCCUUUCCGCCCCUGCCAAGUCGCCCUGGGUUCCCCCCAUCUGCUUUUGUCAUCCCUCCCCCGGUGGCGUUCCCGGGCCUGCAGGUGAAUCCGGGCUUCGCCUUCUCGGCCGGCGUGUCUGUGCCGGCGCCCUUCCUGCAGCCGGCCACGCAUACGCAGGCGGGCUCGCAGGUGGCCGCUGGGGGGAAGCAGUCCCACAUCCCGUACAGUCAACAGAGGCCCUCUGGGCCUGGCUCCUCAGCUCCGGGCCCUCAGCCACCGCCCUCCCAGCUGCAGGUGACGUCGCCCGCUAAGCCAGUCCAGCAGGUCGCCGUGGCCAAGAGUCCGCCUCACAUGCAGCAGGCUUUCCUGCAAGAUCCUCAGUUGUGGAGUCCAAAUCAAGCGGCGGCACUGCAGAAGCUUCCUGCGUCGGUCCAGAUGACACUCAAGCCGCAGAACUUCUACAUGCCGCCUCAGGAUGCUCUGAAAGUAUACGAGCAACAAAUGGCGCCGCAUGGCGCCGCCCUGGACAAGAAGAUGAAGUUCCCGCCCUAUUGGGACCCCUCCUUCCGGGUGGCGGAGGACAGGAUGAAGAGGGCUCCCUCGGCCGGGGAUCAGGAGACUGGCGGGCUCAGGGGAACCCCCUUUGAGGAGCCCAAAAGCUCGCCUCUCCUCCCUCCCGACUUGUUAAAAUCUCUGGCCGAUCUGGAGGAAGAGGACGAGCUGCUCUUUUCUAAGCCUCCCGAUUUCUUCCGGGUUCUGUCCGCUCCUCUUAGCUCGCUUCCCGGACCCAACAUGUUUCUCCCCAAUCCCAGCAGACAACCGGACGGCGGUCCCGACGCGCUCGGCCAGUCUGGUUCGCUCAUGCCCGUGCAGGAGUACAACCAAAACAGCAUCUUUAGCCAGGCGUACGGCAAGAACCUAGCAUCCGGCUCCAAGGAGAACACUCCAGUCAUGCACCAGGAGACUUCCUUGUACUCUCUGUUCGAGUGGACGCCGUGGUCGCCCUCGCUGCCCGCCAGCUCAGAUCACUCCACGCCGGCCAGCCAGUCGCCGCACUCGUCCAACCCGAGCAGCCUGCCAUCCUCGCCACCCACGCACAACCACGCGGCCGCGCCUUUUUCCAACUUCGGGCCAAUCGGAACGCCGGAUAGUCGCGAGCGCAGAACGCUGGACCGCUGGAAGGCCGACAAGCCAGGAGGCCUGAGCAGCUUGGGUCUGGACUAUCUGCCGGCUGCGGUCUCAGGUGCCGGCUGGCACCAAAACCCACCCGGCAGCAGUUCCUGGACCAAUCAGGAGUCUCCCAUGGAAGAGACGUCCUCCAGCGUGCUGCUGGACAGCUUCAAGUCCAUUUGGUCGAGCUCCAUGAUGCAGCCGGGCCCGUCGGCGCUGGAGCAGCUCCUGCUGCAGCAGAAGCAGAAACAACAACGAGGACACGGUAGCGUCAACCCACCGCACUGA